AUGGCAAAUUAUUUAUCUAAAGUCAUAAUUUCUGAUAAUUCGAAACUUUUUAUUAUUGAGAGUAAAGGAAAAAUAUAUGGAACGAAAUCGAAAACCAAUAUGUUUUCAAGGGUGUUGGAGAGUCAAAUAUAUUCUUCAUAUAUUGCCAAUUCUCACCAACAGAAUAUAAAGAUAAAAAUUUGGAUGCCUCUAGAUCUUUAUAGCAAGUGUAGAGUUGAUUCAAUUCAAAUAUCAUAG